CUCAGUCGCACAAUCUCGUCCCGGGCGUCGAGGCGCCCGACGUCGCGGUACAACACGCGCUUUCCGAAUCGGGAAAGAUUUUUUGACGAAAAAAAAAAACAAAAAAUAAGAAGAUUAACAAUACUAAAAAUUAAAAUUCAUCGAUACCGAGCUCCUGUGUUUACGUGAUUAAUUGUCGCCGAACGAGUCAUUUGAAAAUUGUGUUCCUAAUAGUCGUAACAUGUAUUUUAAAUGAUCGUUAAUGAGGCUUGUGUAUAAUCGAAUUCUAUACGGAGUUUCGUACUUUUUAACAAAACGCAGAAAAAUACGUGAUCUGUGGGCUCAGUAAAAGGAAGUCCCCCGUCGUAAUUCAUUGGUGAUCGGUUAUUAUUUUUCUCCCAUUUUGAAAAUGGACCAAAUCUUCGAUCGUGGGGUUUGCGAAUUUUGUUAGCCACCAGUUGUAAAGUUUGUACGUUGAACGAUAGCUGUUGUAAAAUAGUGAAUAAUUAUUGAACAUUUUUAUGAAUAACCAACGUCGCAGCGAAUAGCUUUUCAAUACUAUUUUCAAGGAUGUGAGAGAUAUCGAGAAAAAAAUGAAGAGAUUAAUUUAACGCAGUGUGGACGAGAGUUGAUCCGAUAAGCGAGAGAGAGAGAGAGAGAGAGAGAGAUGUCGUCGAGUGGGGAGUUUUCAACCCUUUCGAGCGGCGAGGCAACGGGAACCGGCGAGGAUUCGCUUCCGAGCUCGAGGGAAGCCACCGCCGAAGUCGUGGGUUCCGGCGGGGGUUACGUUACACUUCGCGAAUUUCUCGACCGAUUCUCACUGCCGAGAGUCGUCAGGAUCGAAGGGGCCGGGGGCAGACCGAUCCUCCUUUACAAACAGCAGCAACGCUCCCUCCGAGUGACCGCGACCCUACUGAUGCACCGUUAUCGUCAUGACGUCAAAGUUGGCCCGGAAAUCGUCAUUCCCGAGGGAUAUCCAGGGUGGUUUUCAGUCGUAUCGGCGAGCAGUGGAACCGGAAGUGCGAGAGUAUACAGGAGAGUGGGUGCUCUGGUGCGCGCCGGUGUUCCGGCUUUUCUUUUGGCUAAACCUCUCCGAGCUUACACCCUCACGCACUCGAAAAUGGAAAACGGUAACCUCAGGGCCCACUACACGAAAACCACGGUUCGCGCUGGCGAGGUUCUCCGAUUGGCUGCGGUAUUUCAGGACACCCGACGCGCCCCCAUAUCGACGGGGGUGUCCGGAGUGAUCGGCAACAUGCCCGAGGGAAAGAGUUCCAGGUCAUCGGAGAGGGAUCAGUACGCUCAAUGCCUGGAUUCUCACGGUCACGAAUUGUUCGCACCUCUGUCUGCCAGGGGGGAAUUUUACGCCACCUGUCAAAGUGGAAACCUGGACACGGGUAGCGACGCGGUAUUGUACAGGGUUCACCAGCUGGCCAGGAGAGACCUCCCUCUCAAGGUUCGCCUCGUAGCCGGACCCCUGCCGAUUCCUCUUCCCCGCGAUUACACGGGACUCAUGCAGCUGGAAGAAGCGACCAGAGGGCCGAUUGUCCUGGGCUGCGCCGUUCCUCUGAUGCCCGAGAGGCCGCUGCCGGGAUCUACGAUCCCGGAACUCUUGGAACUCGUCGCUACGGGCCCUACGGCACCUCGUGUCAAAAGAGCCAGACUGGGAUGCCCCUCGGAGGCCAGACUUCUGGCCUCGCCGAAGAUGCAGCGACUCUUAUCAGCCUGCAGGAGAGCCCUGGACCAGAGAGCGACCGAGCCGAGGGUGGCCCCGCCGAAGCCCGUGGCGACUAACCUGGAGCUGAAGGAGCUUCAUCUGAAGGAGAUAAAAUCGAAGCCGGAGACGAAACCGAUCCUCCAAAGCCUUAAGGAAGGUCUGGAACACAUCAAGAAGACGACCAUCAGGGAUCGCAGCCAAACGCGACACAACAGCAACGGCGGCAACGGUUUCUUGGAGAGGAUUUCGAGGAUAGCGCACGGCGGGAGGAGCAGAAACCCCGCGAAAAAGUCGGCGUCUUUCACGUUCGCUGUGAGACCGGAAAUCGGCAUGAGGUCGCCCGAGAGAUACGCGAGUCUGGAGUCAGAGGCGCAUUCCUUGGUACCGGGAGCCGCUUUGAACAGACAACAGGUCCAGAGAUCGGUGUCGACCAGUGUACUGGAAGUGCAAAACCAUCCGGACCUCGAUCCCCCCUAUUCGAGAGUCAGGGACAGCCUCACCCCUCUGCCGCCCACUCCGCCGCCGAAAGCGGAGGAAAUUUAUGCGGAAAUAUGCGAGCCGACCGGAAGCGUUAUCCACGACACGCCCAAGGAGAAGCACCCGCCACCCGGUAGAAAAGGGACCAAGGAGAGGGACACGGGUUACGUGAAGCUCGCCUCGCAUUCCGCGAUCUCCGAUACAUCCGGAAGCACGGAGGACGAAGAGGGGAUUUACAACACGGUGUGUUGAGGGCCCGAGGGGUGAGAAAUUCUUUGUUAUGACGAAACUGAAGUGUUUUAGCGCCAAAAAAACGUUCGCACUACGAAGGGAAUCGUUGACGAGAUGUUCCCGUGCGGUGAGUGACGCCGAACGGGUUGACGAAAAUUUUUCGACUCGAGCGGCGCGAGGGGGUGUCGGGGUAUCGGGCGACGAUGAGACGAGCCGCGGUGCGUUACGGGACAGAUAAGUAAUCGAAUGAAAUCGUUGGCACUGUGAAACGCCCCGUUAAUUGGGCACGACUAACUAACGGCGCAUAGGAGUGCCGUGUUCGCCGGUUGUCCGAGAACUACUCCACGCAAUGCGUGCACGUAUAAUUACGCCUGGAUAUAUCAGAGCGCACGUACGUACCUCUGCCGAGAUUGUGUGUGCGUGUGGAACGAGAUUACGGUCCCACGGCUGAAUUGAUUUCUGCCUCCCCGCCUGGAUGUGUAUCGAAGAUUUGUACACGGAUAGCUGCGCGGUGUGUCUUGUAGGUUUAUCAACCUAGCGGCCGUAGUAGAUUUUUUCUAAAUUCAACUACCGCGUUGAACCGGGCUCAGAAAUCAUUUUUUCCUUUACCCUUCUUUUUUUUUUUUUGUUUUUUUUUGUUUUUUUCGACUACAUCGUACGGGACGGGACGGCUUUCGUUGUGUUUAAAACUGUUCUGCUCAAAUUUUUCUACACGUAUACAAUGAUAAUGUGCAUACAACGUAUAUAUGUAUCUGUAUGUGAUUGAUACGAUUAUGUAAUCAUCCUGAACAUGAGCACGUUUAUUAAUAUCCAUGAGCGAAUUGAUUUCGAGUAAAUAACGUUGCGAGUCAGCGGUGAACCUUUGGAGAGAUCGAAUCUAUUCGAAACUAACAGUGGGACGACGUGCGAUCUGCCGAAGUAUGGAUAAAUUCGUACGAUACAAGAAGAGAGAGAAGAAAAAGAA